CUGCAACAUCUAUUACUGCUGACUGGCGAGCGAUCAUGAGUCUCGAAGUCAAAUUCCAGUACAUUGCUGAUUGUCCAGAGUGGGCGGAGAGCAAGCCUUACUACAUCUCUGGCCCGCUCGACGCUGCGCAUGAACGUAUGCGAACAAAUUUAAAAUAUCAAUCUUACGACCAGAUAGUCACCGAUCUCAGAGGAAGAGAAGACAAGUUGAGAAUGGAGAAAGAUGGAUUCGAGCUUGUCAACUAUCCCACUCCUGUUCCUGUCAGCCUUGAUUACUCCGUUCAGGAUCUAACUAGCGACUAUCUGGUUGCGACUUCCAAAUGGCUUCAAGAAAGAUUCAAUGCAGAGAAAGUUCUGUGCUAUGCGUAUAGAUAUCGAAAAACAGGCAGUGAAGGAGAAUGGGAGGGUACUGCUCAUGACAUUGGCACAAGAGUGAAGCCGGACUCUUCUACUGCAAGCCCUCACGUUGAUCAAACCCUCGACGGCGGCCUCCGCAGAGCCCAGCGACAUAUGACCGACGAGGAAGUUAGUAAAUAUCUCAAUGGGGAUUGGCGCAUCCGCAUCGUCAACAUCUGGAGGCCUCUGGAUCACCCGGUGGAAGAUUCUCCUCUUGCAUUUUGUGACUACAAAUCGAUCGAUUCAUCUGAUCUUAUUGCUGCCGAUCGUGUGUCGGAGCAGUAUGCGGGGGAAGUGUACUAUCUUCGCUAUAAUCAGGGACAGCAGUGGCAUUGGUUCAGUAACCAGACCCCAGACGAGAUAGCACUGUUUCUGAGUUAUGACUCGCAUCCUCAAGGACCCAAAUUCUGCGCGCAUGCAUCGUUCAAGCACCCUGACGCGACUGGGGACACUAUCAAGCGCCACAGUGUAGAGGUUCGCUCAAUUGUGAUUACAAGAGCUGGAUAACACUCGGUAGGCAAUGAAGAAUGGUUGUACUUGAUUCAAGCAUACACAACUCUAUACUUCGAGCUUUUGGACAGCAACCAGUUACAUAGUUCCUCUUAUGAAGAGACGAUCAAUAAACAUGGGCACUUACUUGGUCGCGAGC